UGCAAAAACUAAGUAACAUAUUCCUUCAAAUCAUGAAGUUUUCAUUCAAAUUUUCUAAUUUGCUAGGUACGGUUUACAAGCAAGGUAAUGUAGAGUUUACUACGACAGGAGAUUGUGUCGUCAGUCCUGUAGGAAACAAGGUUUCUGUCUUCGAUCUGAAAAAUAACAAGUCAUGGACAUUGCCUUUUGAAAACCGUUUGAAUAUCAAGAGACUUUGUUUAUCACCUGAUGACACAACUUUGAUAACAGUGGAUGAAGAGGGGCGAUGUAUUUUGUCCAACUUCAGAACCAAGUGUGCCAUACAUUAUUUCAACUUUAAGAAACCUGUCGAAGACAUUAGAUUCAGUCCUAAUGGAAGAUAUAUUGCUGUCACACAUGGAAAGCAUGUUCAAGUAUGGGUUGCACCAGGACACACCAAGGAGUUUGCGCCAUUUGUAUUACACAGAACUUAUACUGGCAAUUAUGAUGAUACUAUGUGUAUUGACUGGUCGGCAGAUUCAAGGUUUUUUAUUGUCGGGAGUCGAGACAUGACAGCAAGGAUAUACUCCCUCGAUCCUAUGGAAAACUUCAAACCUGUGACUUUAUCAGGUCAUCGCAAUACUGUAGUUGGAUGUUUCUUUAUAGGGAAUACACUAGACGCGUUUACCAUUGGAAGUAAUGGGGUUCUCUUGUUGUGGAAAUGUUCAACAAAACCUGAAUAUAUUGAACCAAGGAGGAAACCAAGUGAUGAUGAUGAUGAAGAGAAGGAGAAAGAUGAAGAUGAUUCACAAUCAAUGGUUAAAUAUACAAGAGAAGCCAAACAUCACUUUGAGAAAGAGAACUUCACAGAGAUCACCAGCUGCACAUUCCACAAACCAAGUCAAGUAUUGAUUGUAGGGUUUUCUAAUGGAGUCUUCACCAUCCAUGAGAUGCCUGACUUUAAUCUUAUACAAACCCUCAGUAUAUCCCAGAAGACCAUCACAUCUGUUGCUGUCAACCCAACGGGUGAAUGGCUGACAUUUGGUUGUGCAAACAUUGGUCAGUUGCUGGUCUGGGAGUGGCAGAGUGAAACCUACAUACUUAAACAACAAGGUCACUACUAUGAUAUGAACAUACUGGCAUAUUCUCCUGACGGCAACUAUAUUGCUACUGGUGGGGAUGACGCAAAGGUAAAAUUGUGGAAUACAAUGACAGGAUUCUGUUUUGUGACAUUCCAUGAGCAUUCAGCUGCAGUAACUGGGGUGGUGUUCAACAGCAAUGGUCAGGUUGUUCUUAGUUCCUCUCUGGAUGGCACAGUCAGAGCAUUUGAUCUUAAUAGAUAUUCCAAGGACAAGUGCAGUGACAGGGACGAUAAGGGGGCUGGCACUCAGUACAAUUCUUUGUAUAGGAAAUCGCUCGAUCUCGAGUACAAUUCGGAAUUUACGGGUACGAGCGAUGUUUUGAAAGUUCUUGCUGGCCAUGAGGCACCCGUGUCUGGACUAGCUUUCAAUCCCACUCAGCCAUUUUUGGUAUCAGGGUCCUGGGACAAGACUGUGAAAGUCUGGAACGUGUUUGAGAGUAAAAUAAGUCGAGAGACGCUUGACCUCACAUCAGAUGUUGUGACUAUCGCAAUUCGACCAGAUGGCAAAGAGGUAGCAGUGUCUACCCUGGACGGGACGCUUACCUUCUGGGACAUCGUAUCAGCCGUUCAAGUCAAGUCUGUUGAUGGGCAUCGAGACCUCGGGGGAGGUAGACGAGCACAGGACAUGAUAACAGCAAAGUCUUCGUCUUUUGGAAAGUGUUUUUCAAGUCUUUGCUACUCAGCUGACGGGCAGUGUGUUCUUGCUGGAGGACGUUCAAAAUUUGUCUGCAUCUACCAUGUAGAACAGCAGAUCCUCAUGAAGAGAUUUCAAGUGUCUGGGAAUAAAUCUUUUGAUGCCAUGCAGGAAUAUAUUCGCAGCGAUCGCAUGACAGACGCAGGCCCAGUAGACCUGAUCGAUGAUGAAGACAGCGACAAAGAAGACAUCUCUCUGCCUGGAGUAACCAAGGGUGACAUGAGCUCCAGAACCACCAAACCAGAGAUCCGUGUCAAAAGUGUGCAGUUUUCCCCAACAGGUCGUGCCUGGUCCGCAGCAACGACGGAAGGUCUCAUAAUCUACUCUCUCGACGCUUCACUGGUCUUCGAUCCCUAUGACUUGGACACUGAUGUCACGCCAGAAACUACACGAAGAGUGUUAGCCAAGGGAGAGUUCAGUAGGGCCCUGGUGCUGAGUUUUAGGCUCAAUGAACAAGAUCUUGUUAGAGAAGUGGUUGAAAGUAUCAAAUCUUGUGACAUUCGUCUGGUCGUACAGUCAUUGUCCGAGGUCUACGUUGACAAGAUGCUGAAGUUUGUGUCCGGUGAACUCGAAUCUUCUCGACAUCUCGAGUUUUAUUUGUUAUGGUGCAAAGAACUAUUCACAGUACACGGGCAGGCGAUCAAGCAGCGCUCACCUAAUGUUAUGCAUGUACUUAGAACGUUACAGAAAAACAUGACGCGGCAUCAGGAAGAUUUGGGACAACUGUGA